GCGUGAGAGAGAUCAGCGUCAACAGGUUCAGUAAAAUCCUCAGCGAGUUCGCGCUGGAGUACCGAACCACGCGUGAGCGCGUCCUGCAGCAGAAGCAGAAACGAGCCGACCACCGCGAGCGCAACAAGACCCGGGGGAAGCUGAUCAUGGAUGUGAACGCUCCGUCUGAUAAUGAAGAAGAGCGUGAGUGAGGCGGACUCUGAAAAACGGCCUGAGUCCAGAAGAAGCUCUGGCUUCGGGGCUAACAGAUUCUCCGGACACAUGAAACGAACGAGGCGCUCUGCCCUGUGGAGGCGCAGCUGCACACGUUCAGCACGACUCAGCUUCAGCACCACGUUGAGCUUUUUAGCCCCACCAGCUUCUGUUUUGUGUGAAUUUGAUGAAAGAUUCUAAAAGAGACAGCGGAGGUAAAACUCACUUCCAGAGACCCUGCUUCUAAAUUAAAACAUUUCAGCCGACUUAUUCAAAUUUAUUUUCACUUAAUUCCAAAGGGAUGUUUUUUUUUAUUGAAGCUGUGAAAUUAUUUGUUGUUUUUUGUUUGUUUUAAACAGUUUCAAAAGAUUCCAAGUGAUCUCCCUGAAACAAAACCAGAAUGACAUUCAUAGGAAAGUAUUAUAAAGGCAGAUCUUUGCUUCUGCAGCUGCACAUUUUGUGUGUUUUAUAGGAACGGGAAAAGGUUUUCAGUCUGACAAGUGCCUUCCUUCUCAAAGGACCGGUGCUGGACCUUUUUCUCACGACACGAUUAUCGCUCCACUUUUACCGGACUGGUGUUCUCAGUAUUUAUUAAAAACAUCUUGCACCUUAAAAU